AAUGUGCUGGGUGUCUGGAUUAUUUGUACACUGUCAAACUUUAAUUAAGAUACCUGAGAUAAAGAUUACCCUUAUAGGACAGGACAGCAGCAUGGGCACCUUGUGAAUAAGGAGCUGUGUGAGAGCAAAGGGCAGCCUGGCUCCCAAAAGUACUAUUCAGCACAAGAGGUUUCACUUCAAACUCAGCACAGCUGGAGGAGAGCAAUGCUUUGGGCUGCUUCUGUUCCUGGGCUGUUAGUUUUGUUGUUACUGCUUGCUGGAUUGAGCUGUGAAUCAAACCACUAUGAAAAAAGAGGCAGAAAAGAAACGUUUAUGAUGAACAGCCUCGUCUGUCCUCAGAGCAGGGCAACCUGGUGUUCCAUGCUGGCUCCAGCAAAAAUAUUGAAUUUAGAACCGGACCACUGGGGAAAAUAAAGCUUAAUGAAGAAGAUCUUGCAGAAAUGUUUAGUCAGAUGAGAGAAAACAAAGCAGAGAUUCAAGAACUUAAGAAAGCCAAUGAAGUCUCUCAGAACGUGUCCCACCAAGUCUCUCUGCUUGCUUCCAAGGUCACAAAUCUUGACAUGAAACUUCAAAGCUUAGAGCAGACUCUGCAGAGGAAAGCCUGCAGCAGCAACCCCUGUGAGAACUCGGGGACCUGCGUGAACUUGCUGGAUGGUUUCUUUUGCCUCUGUCCCAGCAACUGGAAGGGCCUCCGCUGCUCAGAGGAUGUUAAUGAAUGCCAGAUUUAUGCUGGAACAGCGCUGGGCUGCCAGAAUGGAGCCACUUGUGUGAACACAGCAGGCAGCUACAGCUGCUCCUGCACUCCAGAAACCUAUGGUCCCCGCUGUGCCUCAAAGUUUGAUGACUGCCAGGGUGGAUCUCAGACACUCUGUGGGCAUGGUACCUGUGUUGAUGCAGAACGAGACACCCCCAACAAACCCAAGUACAGCUGUAUCUGUGACGCUGGCUGGAUGUCCCCUCCUGGCAGCCCCACCUGCAGUGCUGAUAUAGAUGAAUGCAGCCUUCCUAACCCUCCGUGUUCACAGAAUCCACUUGUGCAGUGCCACAACACACUUGGCUCCUACUCGUGUGAUCUCUGCCCCACAGGCUGGCAAGGAAAUGGCUACAGUUGCCAAGACAUUGAUGAAUGUGAAAGUGAUAAUGGAGGUUGUUCAAUAGCACCAAUGGUUCAAUGUAUCAACACAAUAGGAUCCUUCCGCUGUGGAGUCUGUCCACCAGGUUAUGAGGGAGAUGGACAAACAUGUACCCAGGUUGAUAGCUGCUCAAUAAAUAAUGGAGGGUGCCAUCCAUUGGCUACUUGUACCUCUACUCCAGGACUAAUGCCAUUUUGUUCGUGCACAUCUGGGUACACUGGAAGUGGAUAUGGGCCAAGUGGGUGCUCUCCUCUUACUGAUAUCUGUCAGCUGCAAAACCCUUGUGUAAAUGGUCAGUGCUUGGCAGUGACCUCUGGAUAUUUCUGCCUGUGCAGCGCAGGCUGGACAGGCUCUAACUGUACAGAGAACAUCGAUGAAUGCGUUAGCAACCCGUGCCAGAAUGGUGGAAGCUGCACUGAUGGGAUCAAUGGUUACACCUGUGAGUGUACCAGUGCCUGGACAGGACCACAAUGCCAGACUGCCCAGCAUGCUUGUGGAGAAUAUCUUUCAGGAUCCAGGGGGACUUUCAGUUACCCUAACAACCCAAGCAGCCAGCGCUAUGAUAAUGGGGUCAGCUGUGCCUGGGUUAUUCAAACUGCUCCCAGCAAGAUUCUGCAUAUUACUUUCCCAUUCUUCCAACUGGAGGCAAGUACUGACUGUAACUCUGACUUCCUUCAAAUCCACGAUGGGGCUUCAGCGUCAAUGCACAUGCUGGGAAAAUACUGUGGUUCUGACCCUCCUGCAGAGCUUUUCAGUUCCCACAAUUCCCUUUAUCUUUGGUUUCACUCAAAUCAUGCCAUUACUGCUGGAGGUUUUACUGUUCAGUGGGAUUCUCGAGAUCCUGAAUGCGGUGGUGAGCUAACAGGUACUUAUGGCUCAAUAAGCUCUCCAGGGUACCCUGGUAACUAUCCUGUAAACAGAAACUGUUUCUGGACCAUUUCAACUAAUCCUGGCCUCCUCAUUACUUUUGCUUUUGGCACACUAAGCCUAGAACACCAUGAGAACUGCAGUUAUGACUAUUUAGAGAUUCGAGAUGGUCUUCUUUCACAAGACUCUCUCCUUGGUAAAUACUGUAGCACUGGAUCUCCACCCCCACUCCAAACCACUGGACCAUAUGCAUGGAUUCACUUUCACUCUGAUGAUGUGGUUACUGAUAAGGGCUUUCACAUUGUCUAUACAACAUCAGCUGCAGGUCUAAGUUGUGGAGGAAACUACACUGAUAGCGAAGGGGUUAUUACAUCUCCGUUCUGGCCUAAUCCUUUUAUCAACAGUCAACAAUGUAUCUACAUUAUCAGACAACCAGAGGGUGAAAAGAUACACCUUAAUUUCACACAUUUGGAGCUGGAGAGCCACGCUGGUUGUUCACUGACUUAUAUCGAGGUUCGAGAUGGUGACAGUGAGACGUCUUCUCUGAUUACCAAAGUGUGUCACAGUACAGUUAUAUUUCCAAUCACUUCUACCAGCAACAGUCUCUGGAUCAAGUUCAAGUCUGAUGGUUCUGUGCAAAGGGCUAGCUUCAGGGCUGUUUACCAAGUUGCCUGUGGAGGCUCCCUGUCUGGAGAAGGCACUAUCCGUUCACCUUACCACCCAAGGAUGUCCUCCCAGCCAAAGACCUGUGAGUGGAUCAUCUCCCAGCCAGUGAACAAAGUGGUGAUUCUUAACUUUAUCGACUUUGACAUUCGAAAUACAACAACUUGUGACUCAGACUAUGUUGAGAUCAGAGACGGCAAUAACACAGAAUCUCCUCUUUUGGGGAAAUAUUGUGGCACAGCUGUACCAUCUAGAGUGCAAUCUACAAGGAACAAUCUCUAUAUCAAAUUCAGAGCUUCCUCUCUUACCAACCUUGGCUUCAGAGCUCAGUACUGGCCAUUAGAUACAAUAUGCGGGGAGUCUCUCACUGGAUCAGAAGGAACAAUUACAAGUCCUGGUUACCCAGAUGUCUACCCACAUGGUAUUAAUUGUACCUGGACCAUCAACAUUCAACCUGGCUACCUUAUUCGCCUGACAUUCGCUUCAUUUAACUUGCCAUUUGAUAGCAGCUGCAGAAUGGAUUACCUUGAAAUAUAUGACAACAGCACUAUGCAAAAAUUGGGAAGGUACUGCGGAAGAUCAAUUCCACCAUCUCUUACUAGUGGUGGCAACGUGAUGAUGUUGUACUUUGUGACCAAUAGCAGCAUUUCUUCUGAGGGCUUCUCAGCUAAUUAUAUCUCCUUGCAUGAAUCAGAAGGUAAAAUGUCAGUAUGUCAUUAUGCAAAUUAAACGUUUCCAGUUGUCACUGUAAAUAACCACUGUAAGAAACAGAAACUUUAUUUUCUGUGUUAACGUAAGACUGCGUGGUGCCUCCUUUACCCCCUUCUUAUUUAUAGCUACUUGAUUCAGAAAGCAUUUUCCUCUCUGGAAAUAUGACCAACGCAGAAAGCAAUUUAUGUAAGCAAUACUGCUGUUUUCCUUACAGUCAGUAAGAGCUGACGUGGUAGAAAUUAUUUCCUGAAUUUGUUCUGUCCACUCCAAGCUGAGCUGGGUGAUGUAGGAAAAUUCACUUUAAUGGAAAGACACCUGAAUAUCUCAGGUGCCAUACAAAUUAGUUUAGCUUCUAUUUGGGUACAGUGUUGACUGU